UUUAGGGUGGUGGCAAGUUCUUGAUGGCAAAAGCCUAGCAGUGCUGCUGGGACUGGGGCUAUUGCCCUUCAGGGCAGUGCUUCAGCCAUACUGCGGUCUGUUUGCUUGAACUUCUGCCAUCCCAAACUCACAGUGAGUGCUAUACUUCCCUUGGGAGCCCUGCUCUGCUGCUACCCCCCUACAAGUGCCCACACCCUCUCCCAGCUGAGAGCCCAUCAGCAGCCAGCUGGGGAGGAGUGCAGAGCAUUAUUUCUCCUUAGCCAUAGGCUAGUACCAGGUAAAAAAGAUACUGGCCAUUAAUAAAUACGGCUUGAAUGUUGGACAGAGGUUUUAUUUUAUCUUCAGGAGUGCUAGCUUGUGUAAGAGCCUUCUAAGAAUGACUCAUUCUAAUAGCUGAGCAGAAAGAACAGUUUUUAGAUGCCAUUUGCAGAAUUUAUCAUUUACUAAGUAACAUAGUUUAUCCCUUCAAGUAGAUUUUUUAAGGGCUUUCUAGGAGGCUAAAUCCAGCUCUCUGCUCUAUGAGGGCAGAGGCAUUUCUGGAAUAAUGUUUCAUCAUAAGUCACGAGAUGGGCUUUUUUCCUUAUGUUUCCAGGCCACUUCUGCUUUUCUGCCCUCGUCUCAGGGCAGCUUGGGGGCCAGGCGGUUGGUUUUGGGAUGGUUGUACUGCCAUCCUCCAGGUGUGCAGCUUCAUCAGACAAACAGCACAUAGCAGGGAGGAGCUGGUCGCUGUGGGCUGAUUUUGGUACCCAGUGGCAGCUCAGCCUGUGCUAGUAAUGCCUUGCACUGGGUGUUUUUCUAAGGUAAUCUUGUUGCACUUCUAGCAGGACUGCAGUCCAGUACAGAAUUAUGUAUGUGUACAAGUACCUAUCAUGAAUGCACAAAUCAAAGUUUUCCAAAUGAUUUCUCGGCCAAAUGCAGGCAGUUUUCCCUGAAGGCAGCAUUGUGCAUUAUGUAAGAUAAUAACAUCCUUGAUCCCAAGCAGAAUCUCAGUUUCCAGAAGGCAGUGGGGAAGGAGGUACUGUGGCUUGCUGGAGUCAGAAGUCAGUCUUUCUGGCUUUGCAAAACCACUCCAAUCGCUGUGUUCCUGAACCAUUUGCUUGCAUUUUCAAACCAAACAAGGGUUGCAUGUCAGACAUGCAAAUCUGAGCCCAGGAGGGUAAGGAUUGGCAAAGCUAUAAGCAAGGGACAGCAGGAUUUUGUGACAGAGAUGUGUGAUAAAUGUAGGGUUACCAGACAUGGGAGCCUAAGGAUGGCUGUACACGAAGGUUAUUGUGACAGUGAGUGUUUUUCUGUGUUUCAGAACUCGUGCUUGUUUUGUAGUCAUUGAUUUGCAUCGGUUUGUUACAGUCACACUUGGGAAGAAAAUCAGGCUUGCAGAGUAUUUGCUGCUUUUUUUUCUUCAUGGUUGUGUUAGAGAUUAAAUUGCUUUUUUCUGUUUGUACUAUGAGGAAUUCUCAGUGUGGCUUGUGCUUACCUUUUCAAAGUGUGCAUUUAAUUGAAAUGUAAAGGAGAUUCUUGUGUUAGCUAACAAGCAGUUUCAAACACAAAUAAUGAUUUAUUGUUUACCUUUUCAAAUGUGAAGAAUAAGUUGUUAUAACUCGUGUUUCCACUGUCACUGUGAUCUGUUGAAUAUAGAGCUGGGCUGUGGAAAAGGGAGUUUAGUACAGAGGGAUAGAUUGGGGUGGAGCUGCUCAAAUCUCACCUUGUAACUUAAGUUUGGACGUAUUCAACAUAGAAAAAUAAUUUCCUGUGUUUUUUGUUUUUUUUUCUUUUUAGCCUUCUGUUGAGUCUUCAAGUCCAGGAGGUUCAGCAACAUCUGAUGACCAUGAAUUUGAUCCAUCAGCUGAUAUGCUGGUGCAUGACUUUGAUGAUGAACGGACAUUAGAAGAGGAGGAAAUGAUGGAAGGAGAAAGAAACUUCAAUUCUGAAAUAGAGGAUCUUAACAGGGAAAGCGAUAUGCCAAUCCAGGAGCUGCUUAGCCUUUAUGGCUAUGAUGGCACCAUUCCACUCCAAGAAGAUGAUGAUGAUGAAGAUGAGGAAGAGGAAGAGGAGGAGGGAGAAGACGAUGAUGAUGUUGAUAACGAUGACAACAGUGGCUGCAGUGGUGAAAACAAAGAGGAGACCAUAAAGGAUUCAUCAGGUCAGGAAGAUGAGACACAGUCAUCUAAUGACGACCCAGCACCAUCAGUUGCUUCUCAAGAUCCACAGGAGUUGAUUCGCCCUCGUCGAUGUAAAUAUUUCGAUACAAACAGCGAAAUAGAAGAGGAGUCUGAAGAAGAUGAAGAUUAUAUUCCCUCAGAAGACUGGAAAAAGGUAAAUAUUAAGGAAAUCAUGGUGGGCUCUAUGUUUCAAGCUGAAAUUCCAGCUGGCAUAUGCAGAUACAAAGAGAAUGAAAAAGUGUAUGAGAACGACGACCAGCUGUUGUGGAAUCCUGAUGUCUUACCAGAAGAUAAAGUGAUUGAGUUCCUAAACGAGGCAUCGCGGCGCACAGGUGAUGAGAAGGGCCUGGAUGCCAUUCCUGAGGGAUCACAUAUUAAGGACAAUGAGCAGGCGUUGUAUGAACUGGUUAAGUGCAAUUUUGAUACUGAGGAAUCUUUACGAAGGCUGAGGUUUAAUGUGAAGGCAGCCAGAGAAGAAUUAUCUGUUUGGACAGAAGAAGAAUGUAGGAACUUUGAACAGGGGCUGAAAGUCUAUGGCAAGGAUUUUCAUGUCAUUCAGGCAAAUAAGGUACGAACAAGAUCAGUUGGUGAGUGCGUAGCAUUUUAUUACAUGUGGAAGAAAUCAGAGCGCUAUGAUUUCUUUGCACAACAGACGAGAUUUGGAAAGAAGAAAUACAAUCUUCAUCCCGGCGUAACAGAUUACAUGGACCGCCUCCUAGAUGAAAGUGAAAGUGCAGCCUCCAGCAGAGCUCCGUCCCCUCCGCCCACAGCCUCCAACAGCAGCACCAGCCAAUCUGAGCGAGAGGACAGCACCACCAGCAGCAGCAACCAGAACGGGCUGUCUGCUAAUGGACCGGGAGAGAUAGCAAGUAAGGAUGAAGCAAAACCAGAAGGACUGCACGUCAACGGACCUACUGGUGGCAAGAAAACCCCUCACGCAGAUCUGGAUACAAAUGGGUAUGAAACUGAAAGUCUUUCCCUUGACCCCAAAGUUGCUCAUUCAACUUCAAGAAGUGAAAAUGAUUUUGAAGAAAAAAAUGAAAGACCUCUAAAAAGAAGAAGAAUUAAUAGCAAUGGUAAAGAGAGUCCUGGUUCUUCAGAGUUCUUCCAAGAAGCAAACUCCCAUGGGAAGCUGGAAGAGCUGGAAACAUUGGAUGACUGAAUAAUAGGAGCAGAUUUUAUUCCUUGGAGUAAAUCUUGGGUGUCUAAAAUUUUCAGGGUUGAUGGGUUACCUUGCAGAAUCCAGUUCCAUAAAACACUGCUGAGAUUUUUCUAAUAGCUUCUGGUCAGCUCCGCAGAUCUGCUUCUUUGGUUGUGUCAGUGCUGAAAAGCAGCAGCAGAAUAUUCUGUUCCUGAGGUGCCAGCUGCAGCUCUGGGAACACAGAGGCACUUAGGAGCAUUUGAGAAACAAAUCAGAGAUUUUCUGUCAAAAUGCUUCCAACCAGCAGGAAAUUGGGUGUAAGUUGAUCUGAGCGUUGCACAGGUGAACAAAGCAGGGGCUGGUUACAAUUUCUGAUCGUUGGGGGAAGUUAAAACGAAUCCCAAAUCCCAAGACAUGCACAGAGUGGGCACAGAGACUCCUAACAGAGAGCAGCACGUGUCACCUGGCUGGUAAGGAACCCGCACGAAUCCUGAAAGUUACGAGCACAACUAUUUUUAUAUAUAGAAGUUUUAAAAGGUAAAUAAACCAGGUCAGGUUUGUCUAUGUAAAAUUGUUGACAUCAAUGAUGUCUUUCCAUAUUCUUAUCUGGGCUAAAGAAAUACAUUCUGUAUUUUUCCAGAUUUCUUUGUAGCCUUUGAAAGAUUUUUACAGUACUUAACGUCUUGAUCAAACUGUCCUUUCUUAAAACAAAAGCUUGUAUAAUUUUCUUAGCUUGUACAGUUGGUAAACUUUUAUGAGAGAAUUAAUAUCCUGAGUCUGAUGUCAGCUUCGUUUUAUUUUGCUGAAGUCUUUUCUAAGAAAAAGAAAAAAACCAACCACAAAAAAAGAAGAAGCCAAACCAAACCAACUGACCUAGAAAAAAAAAUGCUUCUCAGGCACCAACGUGGUGUUGUCUUCUCUAAAGCAGUAAGUCACGAACAUCAAGAAUGGUUAGAAGUCCUUUGAUUUUAAAAAGUUGCUUUUUCUUACUUGUUUUGUGAGAGCAAUGCGAAGGAUUUGUUAGGCGCGGCGCUCGCCUUGCACAAGUCCUUCUGCUUUCCUUAUGCAUUUCCCCUUUUAUUUUGAGCUCGGAGAAAUUUCCUGUCAGCCACACGCUGCAGUUUGCCACACCGUGGUCGCUGAGGUCAGCUGUGAGAUUUUCACCUCCGUGUCAGAGGAGAGAAGGGGAUGGGUGAGGCGGUGCCAGCAGUGGGGCAGCUGCCUCUGAGCACUCAGACCCCCCAGGGGUGGAUGUUUCAGAAGGAGCAGCGCCGCCAUGUAUAAAUGCAUGGCACAGAACAGAUGCAGCUGUACAGCUGGGGUGUAGCACAUCACCUGCUGAAGGAGGGAACUGGCACCAAAAACUCUGGUGCUGGGAGCUCUGCCACUGCACGUGGCAUGGGGUGAUGCUCACCUUCCCACCAGCCCCAGCUUAAGGUUGUUGAUGUAGGGUUACAUCCAUGACACAGAAACAUCCUUGAUAUCAGUGUGUGUUUCUCUUAAAGGAACAAAAACCUCAAGUUUUGUUUUUUGGUUUUUUUUUUAAGCUGCAGCUACACAUCCUGCUGUAUGAAAAAUAGGAAAAAGUGUUCGUAUAAUUCAUAAUCUCGUCUCCUCCUGCACUUGUUUUCACUGAAACGAUCUUAUAAGUUUAUGAGGCUUCACAAUAUCAGCUUUAAACGUGUGGUCCUACGGUUGGAAAAGCACCUGCACAGGGCUGUGCUCCUCAGCCACGUGCACUCACUGCAUGGUGAGGGAGGAGCUGCAGCUCUGGGUGCAGCCCAGCUCUGCCAACACGAGGAAGCACAGUGCUGUAAGCUGCUGUGAUGUGGAGCAGACACCCACCUGGGAUUAGGCGCAGUUGUGGGAGGCACACAGGUGGGGGAUGGUUCCUGCUCAUCCCACAGCAGGGCUGGGCUUCCAAGGAGGUUGCUGUUGGCUUGGCAAUCUCUUUCAGUAACAGAAACCCAAAGUGUCGCAGCCUUCCCAUGGAGAUGGGCUCUGGGUGGCUGCAGAUCUUCUUUCCUCCUACAGCCCUAUUUUCUAUUUUAUGGUUACACAUUUUUGUUCGCGAGUUGGAAAUACUUCCAAAAAUUUAUAGGAAAGUUUAUAAGUAAGUUUAUAAGUACAUAAAUUGUCUCAGGCUUGUGUGUGAAAUACAGCACCGUGUAUAUUUUCAGGAACGUUGCUUUGUUUUUCCUUACCUUUUUCUGAUGAUAAUAGAAAAGACAUUCCAUAAUCAACAAGUACGUAAUGCUCAGCUAGACUUUAAGAAUAUUUAAUUAUAAUUUACGUUUUGUUCAUGCUGGUGUUUUAUAUGCAAUACUUGUUCACGUUCUUCAACCUGCAGCCACUAUCACUUGAUAAGUCAUUGCACUACUAAGGCUAUUUAAAUUAAUUCUAGACAUUUAGCGACCGGUUUCAUUUAGAAAGCAUUCAGUACAAGUGGAGCCCAGAAGGUACUGAACUCGAUUCCAAGCUGCAUGGGACAGAGCACAGAUCACAGCAUGCCAUGCAGGUCGGGGCUCCACGCGGCCUGAGCUGCAGCCACUGCAACUGAACGGAGCUCCACGGGGUGCCUGAAGGGUGGAAGCGGUGUCAAAGACAAGGGACACAGCCACGCAGACUUCACAAUUGGUUUUUAUACGUUUUGUCACACAUAGUAAUUUUGCACUGUUAGUACUUCCCCUUGUCUUAACCCUGUUCCCUGUCUGCAAUUCUGAGAAAGCUUAUUAAAAUAUUUUUGUAAACA